GUUUAAACCCGCAUAUCGGGGCUUUUGUAAAUGGACAUAUCGAUAAAUACCAUAUAAUAAUAUGCAAAAAAUAAUACACCAUAUAUUAACUAAGGAUUGGUGGACACAUUUAGAUAAGCUGUAAAGUGAGCUGGAAGCUCUCGAGUUCAAGAUGACGAAUGCGGUUUGCGAGAGCCACAACAAAUCGUGGUUUGUCAUACACAAAUGUCGCCUGCGAGCAGUUAAUCGGGAUAAAACAACUUUGAACAUUAAUGGAACUGUCCUGCAUCCUGCCUACGAUAUUUUGGUUAAGGCGCAAAUAUUAAAGAAAGCAAAUGGCUAUAAGCCAUGGCUCUACAAUAUGAACAUCGAUGUUUGCCGUUUCCUGAGGAAACCCUACAACCCCGUUGCAAUAGUUAUUUUUAAAAUGUUCAAAGAGUUUAGCAACUUUAACCAUACAUGUCCCUAUAUGGGCCCACAAAUCGUUGAUGGAUUUUAUCUCAGAUGGAACACUUUGCCAAAUUUUUUGCCAACAGGAGAAUAUCAAUUGGCUAUGACCUGGUAUUUUGAUAAGAGACCACAAUUUGUGUCGAACAUCUACUUUAACUUCAAGGAGGAUUUGUGAGAGUAUCUAUAAAUAAAGCAACACGAAAAUCUACAGCAACAUCUGGUGAGCCUUGCAUUAUUUUCAUUUCAAAUCGAUACAAAAAUAUAUUCUUUAAGCUAAUUACGUUAAUUGAACCUUUUUAAACGGAAUCAAUUAGUUGACGUG